GUCGGUCAUGGCCAGCGCCGUUGCCAAAGUUUCGUCGUUCGGACAGCUCCUCAAACAGUCCAAGUUCUCGUCUUUUGACACUCGUAUCGCUCAAGUAUACACUACCCACGGCGGAGAUGCGCACCGUGGUGACUGGGGCUUCAAACGACCUCUCUCCAUCCGACGUCGUGGCGCUUUCAUCACCGUCAAGAACGUCGACACUCCAGAGCACCAGACAGAAUGGAGCUCGGCAGAACCCCAGGCUCUCUGGAUGAAAAAUUGGGACGAGCUCCAGAUCACCCCUCAGUGGUCGCAUCACGCGUCGGCGGAAGAGCCAAGGGAUCACGUUCAGGAGUCGGAUUACCUUCCCAACCAACGGGAUCCGUCGACCUGGCGUCCACCCUGCGUGCCCAAUCUCGAUGCUAUGACACGAGAGGAGUUUAGAAAGUAUCUUGCUCGAAUCCAAGCCCACCGCGACCAAUUCCACAAGGAGACGCAAGCAAAGAAAGGCGUGCCGGGACUGUCGCCCUACCAGCUGAGCAACACGUAUACUACUGGCUGGGACGACCUAUAUGCCCAGUAUCUCUCAAAACGGCGCCGGGAAGACCCCCGCAGUCGGCGAAUAGAGCACCUCCCGCACCGUAACGGUGGUCUCAGCUACGCAAACUAUACUCCUCUUCAAACAUUUUUGAUGACGAAAGAGCGCAAGGGUAGACUGGUGGAUGAAUACGUCGGGAAGGAUAGGAAGAAGCUGUUCUACGUGGCGUCGUUUGCGGGAAUGGCAGGCAUCGUCCAGAAGCAUCAUGCCGUCCUCGCGCAGCCGAUGGUCUGGGAUGAUCCUCAGCGAACCGGACAAGUGAUGCUCAGGCCGCAGAACGCCGUCCUCCACCGUCUGCCAAAUGUUGUGGGGAGAGUACGACAGGGGUUGAAGGCGACGAAGAUGGACAUGGAGCUCAAGGUCUCGGAUAGGCAAUCCCACGUGCGGAGCAACCCAUAUCCACCCGGAUCCCGACAGUAUAUUGCCGCAGAGCCUCUGGGGUCCGCGUCGAGCAGGCGGAGAAGGAUGGACGACGCGGCAGCGCGGAGCAGGGCUCGCCUCAGUCCGUCGACGGGUGUUACGCUUGGAAUUCUCAGCAACAUCAUCCGCAAGGAGGACUCUUCAUAGCGAAUACUGUUGGCCCGUAAAUGAUAGACUAGACUAUGUAUGACUUUGUAAAGUCGGCGCGUGACACGCGUCGUAGUCUAAUUACUACGCGUUUGUUUACUUUUCCCACGG